AGAUGUCGUGGGGCAGACCUGUGACAACAGAGGAGGCCUUCAGUGUGCUGAGCGUGGAGCGACAGUUCCUGCAGGAGGCGGCAGACGUGCUGGGGCGAUGGCGGCGCUCCGGAGCCGACUAUAUGCAGCUGGCGGAGGAGAUGAGGCGUCUGCAGGCGCAGCAUGACCAGCUGUUGGCCACCAUAGGGGCAGGGCUCAACUGGACAAGCGAGGGCCAGCCACAGAGCUCCCACAGUGGAAUCACCACUGAUGUUACAGGGGCCCUGCGGGUAAAUCCUCUUCCUCAGAAAUUCGAUGAUCCAACAACGAAGGAUCGAGGAAACCAAGAAGCCCAACCUCUGUCCACUGGAGGCGCGUCUGGAUGGACAAACGACGUCGAGGUCGGGCCCACGGCGGAGGUGUUAGACCUGCUGCAGGUGGAGGCACCUUCUGCCGAAGACCUGCACCAGCUGGCGGAGGAGUUCAAGCGCAUCUGGGCGAGUCACAAACUGCGCUUCGACGAAUUCGACGUUGACAAUGAUAUUUCCGAUGAACAGUGAUGGAAAGUAGUGAGUCAAAAAACUUUUGUGUCUGUCUGACGUCGUUGUACUGGACACUGUCAGUCAACAAAUGCGUCACUGCUCUCUGAUUCACUGAUUUAAAACAGUUAUAAACUACCAAUAAAAAUUUUCGUAUUUCUAUUGGAGUUUGGUAUACAUACCAUGCUGCUAAGACACAAUUAGAUAAAUGUUGUUUCUGAAGAUUAAAGACAUACAAACGGCACAGUAACUGAUAACAGAUGAUAGUAACAUGUGAUGGAACUUAUUUGCAGUACACUAUUGGUAGAAAGUAUCCAGACAUCCUACUAGCGGAUGUCAAUGUGUGGUUUGCCGACGCUUCGCCUUUAUGACAGCACGAACUCUGGUGGGGACCGCUACAAAGAGAUGUCAGAAUUUCUGUGGAGCAACGGCAACCCAUUUAUUCUCAAGAGACUAUAACCGUCGUCGAUUUGUUGCUUUUUGAAGCAAUAAAUUGCCUGUAAUAGAACCUCAUGUUUUCGUAAUAGUGUUUGAUUUUACUGUUUGGUAAUGACGUGUGUA